AUGUCACUACAAAAGGAAGAUGUCGUCAAGCUUAGUCUUUCCGCCUAUAAUGUCAAUAUCCGCGAAGCGACACAUGAAAGAUAUAACUAUUAUGUGAAACUUAAGGAAAGAAUCAAUCGCAAACUUGCAAAUUCAGCUGAGCUGUAUAAUCCAAAUUGGGAUGUGAAUGUUAAUGUAAUAUGUGUGGUGGGAGGUAAUGAUUUUCGACCUGACGUUGGCAUUUGGUUUCGGACCCUAACGUUUGCACAAAUUUCAAGAUCCAUUGUCAACUUGUGCCCACCUCCAAGAGUUUUCUAUAACAAAAAUCCUGAUCAUGAUCAUGCUUUGUCUAAAAUUGAUAACCAAAAUCCCGGGUUAAUUACGACACCUGCAACUCCAACUCCUGCAAUACCUACCAGAACUCCAUAUAUUGUCCAACUGUGGAAUGUGAAUAGCAUUCCAGUUUAUUAUAUAAUGAAUUGGAAUGAACACCUCGUUCUUAAUUGUGGUUGGAUAAUUGAAUUCAACGUUGUACUUGAUGUAAUCUCUCGCUCUUAG